AUGGGGAAAUACAACAUUGUCGUCUUUGCUGGCGACUAUUGUGGCCCAGAGGUGAUUGCGGAAGCUAUUAAGGCUCUCCGUGUCGUUGAGAAGAAGAGACCCGACAUUGAACUCAAUUUCCACGACCAUUUGCUUGGAGGAGCCGCCAUUGAUGCGGCGGGAACAGCUCUAACAGACGAAGCGCUAAAUGCUGCUAAAAGCGCAGACGCUGUCAUCCUAGGAGCAGUAGGAGGACCUAAAUGGGGCACCGGUGCCGUCCGCCCAGAACAGGGAAUUCUCCGCCUCCGCAAAGAAAUGGGCACCUUCGGCAAUCUGCGACCCUGUAACUUCGCCGCGCCUUCCCUAGUCGACAUCUCCCCCUUAAAGGCCGAGGUAUGCCGCGAUGUCAACUUCAACAUCAUCCGCGAGCUGACGGGCGGUAUCUACUUUGGCGAUCGCCUCGAGGACAACGGCGAUGGCCACGCGCUUGACACGGAGCCAUACUCGCGUGCGGAAAUCGAGCGCAUCGCCCGUCUCGCGGGCCACUUGGCGCUGCAGCAUGACCCGCCGCUGCCCGUGUGGAGCUUGGAUAAGGCCAACGUACUCGCCACAAGUAGGCUGUGGCGCAAAGUGGUAACGGAGGUUAUGGACAAGGAGUUUCCGCAGGUCAAGUACGGGCAUCAGCUGAUCGACAGCGCGGCGAUGCUGAUGGUGAAGGACCCGCGGAAGUUGAAUGGCAUCAUCGUCACGAGCAACCUGUUCGGCGACAUCAUCUCCGACGAAGCGAGUGUCAUCCCGGGCUCGUUGGGGCUGCUGCCCAGUGCGAGUCUGAGCGGCAUUCCGGACGGGAAGAGCAGGGUCAAUGGCAUCUAUGAACCAAUCCACGGCUCCGCGCCGGAUAUCGCGGGCAAGGGCAUCGUCAAUCCGGUCGCUGCCAUUCUCUCCAUGGCUAUGAUGUUGCAAUACUCCCUCAACCGGCCUGAAGAAGCCACCGCUAUCGAGACUGCUGUGAGGAAUGUCAUUGAGUCUGGUGUCCGGACGGGUGAUAUUGGCGGUAAAGCUACUACGAAGGAGGUGGGCGAUGCGGUUGCUGCGGAGUUGGAGAAGAUUUUGUAG